AUGGCGACCAAGUGCGCCGCCGCGGCCGAUCUGCCCGCCGCCCGCCCCCGCAAGCGUGCCCGGCACGGCUGGGACGUCGCGCCACCGACCAAGGCUCAGAUUACAUUUUGUGGGCAAGAAGUUGGCGAUAUCACCGGCUGGGUAUUGCCAUCACACCCCCCGGACUAUGCUUGCUUGUCUCUGCUCUCAAAUGGUGUUGCUCGAAAUGCUUCCCCUCCUUGGAGACAAGACGAUAAAGAUGGCCAUUAUGUAUUUGCUGUUGGAGAGAAUUUGACCUCUCGCUAUAAAAUAUACAGAAAGAUGGGAGAAGGUACUUUUGGUCAGGUACUGGAAUGUUGGGACAGAGAAAGAAAAGAAAUGGUAGCUAUUAAAGUUGUCCGUGCUAUAAACAAAUACAGCGAGGCAGCAAUGAUAGAGAUUGAUGUGCUGCAGAAGCUUUCAAGAAAUGAUGCUGCAGGAAAACACUGUGUUCAAAUACGGAACUGGUUUGACUACCGUAACCAUAUUUGUAUUGUCUGCGAGAAGCUUGGCCCAAGCUUGUAUGACUUUCUGCGGAAAACUGGCUACCGCCCAUUCCCAAUCGAUCUAGUCCGCGAUCUUGGAGAGCAACUUUUGAAAUCUGUUGCAUUUAUGCAUGGCGUGCAGUUAAUUCAUACCGAUCUAAAACCGGAAAACAUCCUCUUUGUUUCUUCAGAGCAUGCUAUGUUACCUGAAAACAAGGAUGGAUCGUUUUCAAGGAAGCUGCCAAAAUCAAGUGCCAUCAAGUUGAUCGACUUCGGUAGCACAGCAUAUGAUCACCAGGAUUGUAGCUACAUUGUCUCUACUAGGCACUACCGCGCUCCUGAGGUUAUUUUAGGGCACGGAUGGAGCUAUCCAUGUGAUAUAUGGAGCAUUGGUUGCAUACUGAUUGAGCUUUGCUCGGGAGAGACAUUAUUCCAGACCCAUGAGAACCUGGAGCACUUGGCGAUGAUGGAGAGGGUUCUAGGUCCUCUACCACGGCACAUGCUAGAAAGAGCAGACCACCACGCAGAGAAGUACAUCCGAAGAGGAAGGUUGAACUGGCCAGAAGGAGCUACAACAAGGGAGAGCAUUAGGGCUGUUUUGAAGCUGCCUCGCCUUCAGAACCUGGUGAUGCAGCACGUGGAUCACUCUGCUGGGGACUUGAUCGGCCUGCUGCAGGGCCUCCUAGCAUACGAGCCUUCUGCCAGGCUGACCGCUCAAGAAGCCUUGAACCACCGCUUCUUCAAGAGGUGCCGCGAAAGGCGGUCGCUAUGACCUAUGAUGUUCUACCUAAGUGGCUGACCCAAAUACUAACGAAAGUUGUGGAGCAUGCCAUUGAAACCACAAGGAGCUGCAGUAAUGAAAUGCAAGCUUGGGAGGACUGAUAUCUAACUGGAUGUAAAACAGGACCUGUAACCAUAGUUAAGGUUAGAAGGUUUGGUGUGUUGAUGUAUAGCUGAAAAUACAGAACUCAUUUUUCCACCUUGUAUUCCUGCUCUUGUAUGUGUCCCUUAAAAUUAAGGUGGGGAAAUUUAAUUCAACCGUCAAAGCUGUGUUACUCCUUUA